CCCUGACGCGUGGUGUUGGUCAGUGUGGUCGUGGUCCGUCAUGAGGAUGGAGGAAGAGAGCAAACGUGAUCAUGAAGAUUCUGGACCUUCACCUGAGAAGAUAAUGAGAAUGGAGGAUGCUGCAAGUUAUAUAAACAGUAACGAGAGUAAAAUUAAUACGUUAGCUCAGUUCCAAUCUGAGUCGGGUGAAGCUGCGGGGCCUCCCAUUGAGUUACCUUUGGCGUUGGCUCGUGAUAAACUCCAACAAAUCCUCAAUGUUCUCCUCAACCAGAAUGAGAGUAUCCCAUACAGCUUUUUUGUUAAUGAAAAGGAGGUGACUACUAGCUUAAAUGGUGUAAUAGACUCAUCAACAAGUGAAGAGAAGGUGAUGACCAUUCUUUACCAACCACAAGCAGUGUUCAGAGUACGAGCUGUCACUAGGUGUACCUCCUCAUUACCUGGCCAUGCAGAAGCUGUUCUCUCAGCUUCGUUCAGUCCUGAUGGGCAACACUUGGCAUCUGGAUCUGGGGACACCACUGUACGGUUUUGGGAUAUUAACACAGAAACUCCACACUUUGUUUGUAAAGGUCAUCGACACUGGGUGCUGGUUACAGCUUGGUCCCCAGAUGGUGAACGUUUAGCUUCUGGAUGUAAAUCGGGACAAAUUUUCAUUUGGGACCCCACAACUGGAAAACAGUUGGGUCGAGCAUUGACUGGGCACAAACAGUGGGUGACAUCACUCUGCUGGGAACCUCUUCACCUGACAGCCAGUGGCGAGAGCACAAGAUUAGCUUCAGCUGGUAAGGAUGGCGAUGUCAGAAUAUGGAACACCAAGCUGGGAUCUUGUGAGAAGGUGUUGACGAACCAUUUACAAAGUGUGACAGCUCUGAGGUGGAGCGGUGAGGACCUUCUUUACUCUGCCUCUCAGGAUAGAACCAUAAAGGUCUGGAGAGCUUCAGAUGGUGUUAUGUGUCGGACUCUACAAGGACAUGGACAUUGGGUAAAUACACUAGCCCUCAACACAGACUAUGCUUUAAGAACUGGAGCAUUUGAUCCUCAGUCAUUAAUGAAGGAAAGACCUGAAAUAACUGCUGUUGAGAAAAGACGAACUUGUGCUGAAAAACGUUAUAAGGAAGCUCUGGCAGCUGCAGGUGGAGUAGAAAGGUUAGCAUCUGGCUCAGAUGAUUUUACACUCUUUCUGUGGGAACCUGCCAAGGAACGCAAACCUAUUGAACGCAUGACUGGGCAUCAGCAACUGGUAAACGAUGUAAAAUUCUCACCCGACACCCGCAUUAUUGCAUCGGCUUCAUUUGACAAGAGCAUAAGACUGUGGAGUGGACUGAAUGGAAAGUUCAUAGGUGUUUUACGAGGCCAUGUUGGCGGUGUUUACCAGAUUGCAUGGUCUGCUGAUUCUCGGCUUCUUGUGAGUGGCAGUAAAGACUCCACACUUAAAGUUUGGAAUGUGUCGACUAAAAAAAUAGAAAUGGAUCUUCCUGGUCAUGCAGAUGAGGUUUUCACCGUGGACUGGUCCCCAGAUGGCCAACGAGUUGUCAGUGGAGGAAAGGAUAAAAUUCUGAAGUUAUGGAGACGGUAAAUCAGGCAAAUUAUAAACUCAUGACUAAUAAAAAUUAGCAACAA